AAGAGAAGCACAAGGAGGAAGAUGCUCACUCCCCAAAUGCCUAGAAGUCUAGAAACUUCCAUCAAAACUAUUUUACUUUUUAUUAUCCCUUCUUAAAAAUAGGAGGUGGGUUGCUGUUCUUUCUAUUUAUAUCCCUUUUAACACUUACUUCCAAAGCUUCUUUUAUCCAUGGUGUCUCUUGUUUGUUUACUCAACUGCUUAACGGCAUAAACUACUUCAGAUUUCCAAAAGUCUAAUCCAAACUUCUUUUCCUGAUUUAUACAGAAUCAUAGUACUUGAUCAGUUUACAUCCUUCAUUUUCUUCCCAAAGGUACAAUCUUUUCUACUGUUUUUCACUCCCAAACACUCCCUUAAAUUUUGGGUUGUCCAAAUCAUCCUAACUUCAACAACUACUACAAUGAUGAAUCCAUUGUACUUGGUGAAAGAGGAGUACCCCGGAUCAAGUUCCGGAGGUGGCGGCGGUGAGCCACCGCCGGCGGUAAUGACACCACCACAGCCAAAGGAGGGGCUACACGACAUCGGUCCACCACCAUUCCUGACAAAGACAUAUGAAAUGGUGGAUGAUUCAAGCACAGAUCAUGUUGUUUCUUGGAACAGAGGUGGUCAAAGCUUUGUUGUUUGGGAUCCUCAUGCCUUCUCCACUAGUUUACUCCCCAGAUUCUUCAAACACAACAACUUCUCUAGCUUUGUCAGACAACUAAAUACUUAUGGAUUUAGAAAGAUUGAUCCAGAGAAAUGGGAAUUUGCAAACGAGGCAUUUCUAAAGGGAAACAAGCAGCUUCUAAGGAAUAUCAGGAGACGAAAAACAACUAAUUCUCAGCUUCUGCCUACAGAACAAGCACUUGGUCCUUGUGUUGAAUUAGGAAGGUUCGGAUUUGAUGGAGAAGUUGAUCGAUUGAGGCGCGACAAGCAAGUCUUAAUGAUGGAAUUAGUGAAGCUUAGACAGCAACAACAAAACACUCUAUCUUACCUUCGAUCUUUGGAGGUUAGGUUACAAGGAACGGAGAGGAAGCAACAACAAAUGAUGAAUUUCUUAGCAAGAGCUAUGCAGAAUCCCGAGUUUGUCCAACAGUUGAUCCGACAAAAAGAGAAAAGAAAAGAACUAGAAGAGGCUAUAACUAAGAAAAGGCGACGAACUAUUGAUCAGGGGCCUAGUACAUUAGAUGUUGGAGGAUCGAGCCAUCCCAUAAAAUCAGAACCUUUGGAAUUCGGAGAGGGUAGUGGAUUCCAAGUAUCCGAACUUGAAGCACUUGCUUUAGAAAUGCAGGGAUUUGGUAGAGCAAGGAGGGACCAACACGAAGAAGAGACGAGAGAAGGGCUCGAGCAAUUUGGCAACACUGAUAGAGAACUCGAUGAGGGAUUCUGGGAAGAGCUAUUUAACGAUGAGGACGUGUCUGGAAAUGAAGAUGGUGAAGACGAAGAUGUAAAUAUCUUGGCAGAGAGGUUGGGUUUCUUGGAUUCGAGCCCUUAGUAGAAGCCCGUAGACUAAUUUAGUCGGUGCAAUUUUCCGAAAACUCAUUCAUCUGCUGGAACAGAUCAUAUAAAAUCUUGUAUGGACCUACAUUGUUUUAUUUACUACUCUUACUAUUCAACUUAUAUUUCUUGAUUCUGUGUAGUUGGUUCUUAAGUGUUCAAGGAAGAAAGCAGCUAAAUGGAUCGACUGGCUAAUCUUUGGAUAGAUUCAUGAAGCACUCAAGAGUCAAGUCAGAAAAUCGCUUGUUGGUGCUUCUGGUUACUUUAACAUUCUGAAUUACUGGUUCCCUUCCACUGCCUUUAUUACAUCUCAACUUCUCAGUCUCGUUUUUCUCUGGAUCCAAAUGCAGGCAUAGGUUAUGCAGAUUUUGAUCAAGUCUCUUGGUCUUUCAAGGUUAUUGUAAAUUCUCAUUUUGGGUGAUAUAUUGCUCAUUAAGUAAUUUUGCAAUAUUUUGUUUAUGUGGUUUUUAGAUUGCUGUCUUGAUGAUGAAGCAGUUAAAAGUAGAAAUGCCAGUUACUCCAGAAUCAAGAUUUUAUUGAAGUGGCCGUUUAUAACUACUUUUGCCGGUAAAGAUUCUUGUUGUCAGUUAGGGGUGACAAACCAGCGGUUCGGGUAGGUCGGAUAUAGACGGAUAAAAUAUUCGACCCUACCCAUAUUUAAUACGGGUAGAAAAUGGGUUGCCUAUUUGGUUUGGAGGGUGGUAAUCCAUACGGAUGGCCUGGGAUCGAAUCUCCCCUCAAUGCUUUCUGGGUAGAGCCUGUCGCACUGGAAUUGCCUAGUGCGGUUUACAUCCCCUGUGUGGUUUGCAGGCUAUUACACAGGGGAGGUUUACCUAGUGUGCACAAAGUGCUCACCCGAAGGGCAGAGGCUGUGGCAGAGGUUGUAGCGGCUGCAAGUUUCCCCUCUUACCAAAAAAAAAAAAAAAAAAUGUGGCCAUCUCUAUUUGUGAGAAAUGUGUAAGUUCAUGGUCCUAACUCAUUAGUCCUAACAAAAUUUGCUUCUUUUAGCUGGCCCCGUGCUAGCUAGCAAGUCUAUUAAUUUUUUUCCUUUCCUUGCGUCUGUUGUUUUCAACCUGUCUUAGGCAAAUACAAAUUAAAUUUAGGACUUUAAAAAUGAGUGUGAUCUUAUUACAUUAUUCGUUUCAAUUCACUUUUUCAUUCAUUUAUACACA